AUGUCAUUGGUGAAACAUUUGUUGUUGGAAAAGGUGCAGGAAAUUAGACAUCAUCACGACAAAUACGUAAUCGAUGAAAAAGCUUUGAAAUCAAACAAAACUGUACUACGUCUUCCGUCUUACCACUGCGAAUUGAAUGCGAUAGAAAUGGCGUGGUCGGUUGUGAAAAAUCACGUGAAAAAAAACAACACUUCAUUCAAAAUUAACGACGUAAGACAAUUACUGAUCGAUGGCAUCAAAAAAGUUACACCAGACAUGUGGGCCAAUUUUGUAAGUCAUGCAAUAAAAGAAGAAAACAAACUCUGCACUGUUGACAACAAUACGGAUGAACUAUUGGAUCAAGAAGAUACAUCGCAUGUCAUGCAAAUCACAGGGGACACUUCUUCUUCCGAUGAUUCAGAUUGA